AAUCUGCAAUCAGCAUUCAUUUUAUCAUGGUUUAGUAACAAACAAAUGACUAAUCUUUGGUUGUAAGUGAUAACAACUAAUUUACAUUAAAAUGUGAAGUUUUUGUGAGGGGUGUAAGCUACACAACUAUAAAAACGUAAAAUUUUAUCAUAGUUAAUUUACAUCGAAGUCUAGAUAAAACUAUGCACUGAAAAAACUUGGACAAUCCAUGAUCCAUAACUGAAUUGAAUUAGUGUUGACUAGGCUAUUAACAAUGGAAGCAACACAAAAGCAACAAAAGAAUGGUCAGGCAAAGAAAAAGACGAAAAAAUCAAAGUUCAGAAAUAGUGAAGGCAAAGUUCAAGAAUGCUCGUAUGAAAAGUUACCGCAGGAAGUCGAAAGUCUGCAAGUGUCAGACAGUGAAGAAGCAUCAUAUUCUCGACCAGAAUGUGUGGCCAGUUUUGAAUGUGUUCUAUCAGAAGCCUUUGGUGGUGUUUGUGAAGAAUCCUUGCGCCUGUUGGAGUCAGAAGGCAAAGAACAUCUGGAAGUCCGUCCCGAAGAGGUGACAUCAUCAUGGCAUAGCAGUGAUACUUUGAUUAGUAGUUCAGAAGUAAAAAAUUAUAUUCAAUUCUCUGAGACCAGAAGGGGCCGUUUGUCAUCUGAAACCGAGUUAAACGAAUUUCAACCACCAGCAGCUCUGUUACUAGAGGACUCUAGCCAAGCUGACACUAAUUUUGAGUCACCUCUGCAUUUGCCCACAAGUUCCUCUCUAGAAUCCGCUGAAGACUCUUUGAGUUUGUGGAUCGAGCAAAGUGAAGAAACAGAAAUCGCCAAUGAAGCUGUUCCUUCUGCACCGACGGUUAAAGUAGUUUAUGGAAGCUCUGUCGAUUCAGCAGUCAGUGAAAUUACACCUGAAAAUGUUCUCUCUGAGAAACCGUUUUUCCCUUUUAAUACCAAGGAAGAAGAAAUUGAACCAAGACUAAAGCCAUUCACACUUUCACAAUUGGCCGCCCUUUAUCAUAACCCUGAGUUGGAAGUGGCAGAGACAUUUGUGGUUCAGUUUGUGGAGACCGAGCUGAGAGGAGGUGAUGUUCUGAGACAUCCCCUUUACGAACUUCUGACCAGCUAUCAGAGAGCUCGGACCAAACUGACAGUCAAUAACAAGGAUCUUGGCACAUUGAAACAGGAAUGUCGGGACCAUCAGUCGCUGCUGUGGUCAUUCGACAAGUGUGUUGUCACCGAGCAAGGAGAAUGUCAGGAUGGGAACCCUGUAGAGGCCUCUCACGAGUUUCAGACCGCACACUACAAUAAGUCCUCAGCGAGCAACCUCUCCCGCUGCUUGUGCUCUAUCCGGGACUUGAUAACAGAAUCAUUUGCUCUUAACGCUUAUACGUGUGAGGUUAUCAAACUUCAGGUGGACGACUACAUUCAGAACUUGCUAUCAGAAUUUUCAUUUCUCCCUCACAACGCUCCUGUCAGCUUGGUGUGUGAGAUGGUGCCUCUGGUGAAUAGCCAGACCGGACAGGACUUGCGCGAAGAGUUGCGCCGUGCGAUAUCGGUGCUCUUCACUUUUCAGCGGCGGCCACUGAGAGACGAGGGAUUUGUGGCCGAUGUUCGCACUUGGCUGGGACGGUUGGUAGCAGUGCUGUUGCGUGUAGCUACUUGGCACGAUCACUUAUUCCUGCUUCAUCACGUGCUCAGAUGCCCAGCUGGCGUGAGCAAGUGGGCAACCAGUUUCAUACAACCACCUUCUCUACCAUUCAACUCUCCCUUCAGCAACCAGCACUUGGACCACCUGGUGGCGUGCCUGGCUUCUAUCCUGCUACCUGUGCAAGCCAGGGAUAUGUUCCUCUCCCAGAUGACAGUCUCUGUGGAAACGGAGGCAGAGGCGGCCUGGGUACUGGUGGAUUCUGAUGGAGAAGAUGAAACUGACACCAAUGGUCUUCGUGAGAGUGACAUCGUUGCCUUCCUUAAUCAAGUGCCUUUUGAUGCCAUUUUCAGACAGGUGCUACAUAUCACGCAGCAAGAUGACCAGAAUACGUAUAACACGCAGAUGCUGACAGACGCUAAUAUGUUACGACUGAUCGCCUUCUGUAGUUUGAUACUGGGUCUACUGGAGCAGGGACUGAGUAGCCACGGAGCAGUCCGCUACCGUCAGUACUGUAAGCGUUUAGGCCGGCUGGUCAGACACACUAUGCAGUAUACUACAGAUCAGUUCCAGCUCUUCAGGAGUGAAGGCGUGGGAGGGGACGCUGCCAUGAUGGAGAGACUGGUGGUGGAGUAUGAUGCCUUACUGUCUCGUGCAGUUUCUGUCUUGUACCACAGCCCGGGCCGUACCACCUGGCAGUUCUUGGCUGUUUUGCCAUUUGGUUCUGUCUCUACCAGUCGAUUGUGGAAACUUUUCCGCUUUCUACUUUUAGGAGAUGAUGAGCCUGUAGAUGAGAGCAUCUGGAACAUGAGACUGGAGGAACAGCUGAGCGAAUUUUCGGAUGCGGAGGUGUACUACCUGUUGACAGCUGUGAACACAAUGGCCCUUAGCAGACCACUGGAGGAUUGGACGUUCAUAUCCGAGCGACAGUACUGCAGCUGCUGGAGGAGAUUAUCACUGCCACCUACCAGAGUAACCAGCACUACAUCAACAUCAAUUGACUGUGUCUGCUCCAACAUCCCUUUACCAGAAGUCACACUGCAAAACUUAACCGAGGGGUUGCCAAUGGUGGAAGUAGAGGACGAGACCAAAUACCUGGGAGUGAUCAUUGACCAACAUCUGUCCUGGACCCCUCAUGUGGACAUGGUGUGCAGGAAACUGAGUACUGCCCUGUAUAUUAUUGGCUUCCUGAGCCCUACAACAAGAGAUUCCUGCUUCAAGUCUGCCCGCAUCAUGCUGGUUAAUCUGACACUCAGACAUACUCCUCUCAUCUCGGACAUAUUGGAUAGACUCAACACAUCUGCCAACUGUGGGAAGUUAUGCCUUUACCUGGUAAAAGACCUUCCACUGAGCCUGUGGCGGCCCAAAGACUCGGACCUCACCAUCCUGGAACACUGGCUGCUGCAGUCAGGCAUCACCUCUGUUAGACACGCUCUAGCAAGGCACAUCAUCUCCAGUCUCAACCUGGGCUACGCCACUGAUGAUCUCAGCCAUGAGCUGUUCUUAUCACGAGCUGUUCACGUCCGUAUCGCAAUGAUGGUGCUGAAGACAGCUGUGCAGUAUUGUCCUCAAAGUCCACCGGAGGGUAACACCAUAUCUGAUACUGUUAAACAGAUGGCAACACUGGCAGCUCUGAUGGUGCGGCCCAGCAGCAGCGAGCAGGCCGUCACAGUGUGGGUGUGGCAGACAGCCUACAAGCUGAGAGUACACUUGCUAGACAGGUCAGACGCAGAGGUGCGCAUCACACUUGCAAACCCCAUGGCUGGACUCAGUAUUGUACCGGACAUGGACGCUGCUUCAGAGGUAGUGGAGUCAGUAACAAGGUAUCUCAAGACCUACCAAGCAAUGGCUGUUUAUAUGAGUCUUCAAUUAACUGCUUUAGGUCACAACGUUCCUCUCAUCUGCAGCCGAGGAUUUACUCUCCUUUCCAUGCUCCAGUCCUGCCAACUGUACACAGCUGUCAUCUCAUUGCUGCAGCACUUGGUUCCACUUUUCCUCGACUGUCCGAGCACAUUAGUUGAAUCUGACAAGUUCCGGUCCAUAGUUCUCUCUCUCUUGUCUGCUGACAAGACAUUUUUGAAAGCUGCAAAGUCUCUAAUAACAUCAGACUUUCCUGGCCAUAUAUUGCAGCAGUUUGGAGAUAUGAUACACUACCAUCUGGACAACUAUUCCAGGUACAACCUGAUGUCUUCCACACCUCUGGCCCAGCUCUGGCUGCAGAGCUUGUGCAUAGUGUGGAACGAGGAGCCCACCAGUGCCUCCUACCUGAUGGACGUGGUCCUGUCCUGUGCAUUCUUCCGACCGGAUAUCACUGCCAUGGCGUACCACAACCUCGGCCAGUUACUGCAGACGCUGAUAUCAACGACGCAGGCCAACUCCCGACUUUCAUCCUUCUUUAGCUGGAUAUCAGGAAACGCCAUAGUGUCUCUCGUGCCCCAAGGCGGCUCCUGUCCUCACGCACCGUGGUUCGCUUACUUUGCUCUCCAUGUGGAAGAACUACACACUCAAGGCACCAAUGGACUGUGGCGUGAGGUGAUCAAGGAGUUGACUCUCACGAACGGGAAACCCUCGGUGGAUAAUGCACUCAAGCGGGCCGCAGCAACUCUCAAGCUGACGACUCUCCCAGCUUCUGCUCUCAGCAUCUACCGGUGGAGUCAACAGGCUCUUGACACAUCAGUGGACCACCCAGUGCUGCCACUGCUCUGGCAACGAUUCUUCACCCUCUACUUCACACGUGUAGUGACACAAACAGGACAGGACCUGGGAUCAGUGGGAUACAAGCUGUUUGAGGGGAUGAUGUACCAGACCUACCACAAGAGACUAAAACGCAAGCUCAGUGAUUGUGUGGAGUAUUUCCGCACUAAAGCAACAGCUGCUGCAGAGGGCACUUCUCCUGACAAGCACCUCCUCUACGAUACUUUGGCCAAGUUGUAUGAAACAUUCUCAUUGUGGCUUGAUGAACCCAGACUACACGAACCAGGCCUGUACUUGCCAGCUUUACCCCCCCAGUACAACCCGUACAAGCUGGCCAUCAUCACCUCUGGCGCAGAACAGAAUCCCUGGUACGAGUAUGUGGAUUAUGAGAGAGUGCGGACGACCCAGAACACCAGCAUGGAGAGAUGGCAGAAAACCCAGGGUCGGAUCACCUCCUCUCAGCUGCCACCCCCUCAGUCCCUGGAGGAUCCAGAUCCGGUGCAGAGAAUCAAUAAGAGGUUAAGCUCAUAUGACAGUCCUGUACCUCCACCUCCACUCAGACCCUGCCACCCCGUUAUCCCUCCUAUAACACGGGACUGCCUGCUCCACAAAGAGUCUAUGCUGGAAGCGCUUAAACCAUCAUUUAAGAUUCUUCUUGAAUUUGCACAGAGCUUUUGCUUGCGAGUAUCAGAGCAUACUGCCCUGGACUGCUCUAUGUUAGAGUUGUUGCCCAUGUUGUACUCCCACACGGAAACAGAGAUCACACUUCACGCGGCGUGUGACACCGCAGAUCCCCGUGGCCGCCCCCCAGCCUCUCAUACUCUCAACUGUGCUGGUCCUGCAGUCAUUUAUAUCAAGGUCUCCCCAGCGUGUAUCAAUGAGGGAGUGAAACGGCAAAUUGAGACAAACCGAGAUGAAAUGGACGGAUUGCUCAAGCGUUCCCUUCAAGCUCCUCCAUCUGCAAUGUGCAUAGCCAGUAUACACAUAGAACACGCAACCCGGGCUCUCGAGAGAGAAUGCUCUGAGCUGAAAGACAUCGGAGAUGUGCAGCUGUUGACACCUCAGAGGCAGGUGGGCGUUGCGCUCUUCUACCACAUGAGCACCCUCUGUGCGGAUGAGAUCAUGUUGUACCCCCCCCUCAAGCAACGGCUCACCUCGUGCAUCGAAACAUUGGGAAAUAUGUUUAUAUCAGGAGAAGAGUCACAGUGUGUGCGUCUGCUAGCCACGGUCCUGCAGAAUCCCAACUCAUCGGGCCUGAUGGGACCUCACUUCACGCCUUCGGUGGCCGGCCCCACCGUCUUCCUGCAACUGUAUUGUACCUUGGUUGAGAGUGACCAGACCUCACCGGACCUCCGCUUUGUUCUCCUCACCAAGUUUGAUCUCGGACAGUGGCUGAAUGAUCGCAAGCCUCGACUGGUUGAGCGUUCCCAAAUCAUUGAAUUGGCUGGUAAGGCUUUAGCCACAGCUGGACUUACCCCUCCACAGGAAAUACUGAUGCUACAUGGGGUGUUCCGCCACCAUCUGGCUACAUUGUUCAUGUUUGACUUUCCUCAACAUUACGGUGAAGUGUUGUCAUUGACUCUGCGCCACAGCGAAACACAAACCCUCGCGCCAGACACUUGGUACGACCUGGUGAACGCUCUGGCCGGUGCACGAUGCCGCCCGGGCCUCAGCUUGGCUCAGGUCAAGGAAGUGAUAAACAAGUAUGCGACAGAACAGAGGGCACUCUCUGUCCAGGAGCUCAGAGAUACCGCAUCCAUGUUCGGAGGUCAUUUCACCAAAGAGAGACUCCAGUACGGGCUGUACGGCUUGUACCCCAAAUACAGAGUAUACAUCGAGCCUCUAUCCAUCUUCCAGGGCAUGAUAGGACACGCCCUGGUCGUGGCCACCCUGCAGAACGAUCGGGGAUCUCUGUCUGAUAAAUUGUGCGAACAGCUGUGGCCACAUCUGUGUGGGAUGUUCUCUCCGUGGCUGGCUCCGUACUUCACACGACACUUGACUGAGCCCACUGCUGCGUGGAUCCAACAGCUUACUGAUGACCGUUCCGUGCUACCUCCGUGGAUAGUUGCGGAUGGUGGCCACGCCAACAAGAUGGCAUCCAUGUUUGUUGAAUGUAUACGUUUUGUUGUAGACACCCUGCCAGUGGCUAGCAGCAACAUGUUAAGCUGUGUGUGGCAGUUUUAUGUUACCAACUUCGCUCACAACUCUAUUAAAGACUACAUCCUCAGUGUGAUGCAUGGCAAUCUCAUCUCACUGCCUUGGCAACGCUUCUUUCCCACACUUCAGGACAUUGAUCUCAUGCUGAAGGUAGUGGACCAGUAUUUGCCUGACUGCCACACAUUUCUGGGAGCCGUGUUCAUUGAGGUGCCUUGGUACACGUGGGUGGCUCACAGUGCUACCCAGGAGAGCUCCCGAGCACACGCCUCUCUGCUACAUCUCCUCAUCAAAUUGGCCAAUGAGCCAAACGUCAGACAGUCAUCCAAGAUUACACCACUGCUGGUGGAGAGCCAACAGUUUGCCUGGUAUCUGGUGGACUGCAACAGUUACGAGUCCGUGACCAACUGGUUCGUCAUGAGCUACGAUCCUCGUGUUAUCCUCCAGCUGACAGGGGAGGAUUGGAGUAACACUGACAUGGCAGCUCUUGACUUAUUGGAGAUGGCUGCUGGAUAUUCUACCAAAGUGACGCAGUUCCAUCCCAGCACACUGCGCAAAAGGCAGAUGUUUGUACGCGCAUGUGUCAAGCUUAUACUGUCGAGUCUGAGUCGCCACAAGCAGCUGGUGACGACACGGCAGGAUGAGAUCAGAGCGGCUGUGCGCAGGAUGGUGGACAAAGUGGAGACUGUCAUAACAUACAGUGUCCCUGGGCCGCAGAAAGUAUCAGAGGCAGGAUUGCUGCUCACCGAGAUACUGGCACUCGUGAACCAGGCAUCCAACAGUCCAGUGGGCACGCUGGCUGUGGAGGCUCUGUUGGGGUGGCUCAGCUCUCGGUCCACCACCAGUGUCGUGGUAGCAGCCCUGCUCAGGGUGCUGGGUAUAACGGUGGCCAACUGCUUCACUCUAGGGGCCUUGUUGGAGGCUAGCCUCUCAGCGUUCUUCAGGCCUGGUGAUCUGUCAGACUCGUCCGCACUGUCGUGGUCCCUGGCAGUGCACACGUUACAGCCCAUAGUUCCUCGCCACCCUCCUCUGGAAGACAGUUUGGUCUCCAGUGGCCACUUACUGUCACUCUAUGCUCUGACACUGAAACACAUGCCUGUAUCACUGGAUGUCAGGCAAGAAGCCAUUCUCCUCAACAACCUCAAUCAGUGGCUUUCUGUUCUCAAAGUAACGGACAGUGUGGAAACAAAGCUGCCUCUGUUGUGGUCGCAGGUGUUGUACCUGUGCAUGCGUCAGUGUGAGUACUCGUCAGACCCAGAGUCCGGAUCUGUCACCCUGCGCCAGCUGGUACAAUCUGUCACUCAAGGUUUAGAGCACCGUGCCGGCGCAGGCUGGGGUAUCCUCGGUGCCAUCGGCAUCGUCAAGAGCCAAUCAGCUUCCUUCAAAUGCCGCUUACUGAGCCGGUUUGUAGUGGCACUGUCACUGGCACAGAUGCCAGACAGUCGAAACAACGCAGGGACAGUGGAAGGGGACCGCACAGUUCAGUUUGUACGCACCAAGCCUCAUGCACCGGGCAGCAUCACAGCAUCCAACGGAGAUUACGUUCCAAGUCAUGAAGCUAUGAAGGCACUCUCGUCUCUUGACGCUCUGGCAGCCGACAAGAGCUACGCAGAAGUGCGCACAAUCGCGGAAUGUACAGCACGACUCGUACGACAGCCGGAGAAUUCUCUUCACAACGCUCACCAACUCAUAAUGGACAUUGCACGACAACUGUACUCGGAGACCUAUCUACACGCUCACCGUGUCACAGACAAGCCUUCGGCCUAAUUACACUUCACACCAUUUCACACUUGAUGCCAUUUAGAUAUUAAGCUUUGAUAUUACUCUUAUACAGUUAGGACUGAUUAGUUGUUUUCCUAUAAGUGAAUUUUCAUUUGAAUUCUUACUUUGUACAUUUUUCUUGAACAAGCAGAUGAAAAUUUAUUGUUUUCUAAUGAGUACUAUGUAUGGUUUCCAUAACAAGAAUGUAAAAGAUAGAAACUGUAACAAUGUUUUCAUUAGUAAAAAAAAAUGUAUAUUUCAGCACUAAAAAUGGGUGUGGAGCAGGUCGUAUCAGUCAAACAAUUGCAUAUGAGUUUCGUGUUUUCUAUCUAUACACUUUAGAACCGAUGGUACUGCUACAAGCUACCUGUCCUUGAACUGAUAGGCUACCAUCACACGACACACCAUGUGCAUAAAUCCAUAAUUAGAGCUUAAGAGUUAUUAUUUCAGCCGGACCAACAUAUAUGUAUAUUAUUUAGUAUAGGAAGCUUAAACUAAAAUGGAUUUGGUUUUAUCUGACAAGUGUGGUAAAAGCCAAAGCACCUGUUGUAUUACUUCUGAGUUUGAGUGGGUGUUAUCUACUCUGUACUGGCAGUAUUUGUAUUUACAGUUUUUGAAAUAUUCCAUAACUGUGCCUACGAUGGAGGCAGUUCAUAGUUUAACACAAAUUUUAAAUUGUGAUGUAGAGUCUUGUAUCCAUGGAAUAUUGCAUAGCUCGAUAGCAAGAGGUCAUAUCUACCACAACAUGCAGUAAUCGAUUUUCAGAACGGUUUUAGCCCACAUCGGUUCGCCCAGAUCAAAGCUGACCAGCUGGUGAAUGGAGUUUAAAUCAAAACAAAUCAAAUAAACAUGAUAAUCUAAUAAAUAUUUGAACUUUACAGUAUUCCUAGUGCAGAAAAACCUGUCAAAUAUAAACAAAAAAUGUCAUUCAACAAUGUUAAAUGCCAUUGCAUCAACUGUGUCACAAGUAUCUCAGAAAACAAACAUGUAUAUAUAAUUUUUAUACCUCUUACAAUUGUGAAUAUUUCUUAUUUCUUUAAGAGUUUAUUUUCAUAGCUUAAUGUAUUUUACCCAAAUGAAAGGAACGGUUUAGGAACAGCAGGAAUAUUCAUCAGUUUGGUCCCUAUCUCUCAACUCUAGCUUUUCUGUCUGUAAAUAAAUAAAAUACAGUUCCAGUUUAUUUGUAUAUCUGUGAAGAUGAGUGGUGUGAGAAGUCAAUAUUUAAGGAAAACACUAAUCAGUAAAAUAUGUAUUUUUUGUAUAAUAAGCCAAAUUUGUGUUAUUGGUUUUUGUCAAAUUUAAGAUUUUAGUGUUUUUGAUCACCUGUUGUAACUGGUAUGUAUAUUUUAAACUGAAAACCUUGAAGUCCUUAUGAUGCUAGUUAAGUGUUCUCUUUUUGUAUUGUGCUUCGAAAUGUGUGUAGUUUCAUAUCAAUAUUUAUAACACUGUGUUCAUAUUUUCGUAGAUUUGCUUGUGAUGCCUUAUGAAGGUUAGUUUAACUUACCGAUGUAUUGUAUUUUGUGUUGCGUCAAAGUUUGUAUUCUCAGACACAAUUUCACCAUUGGUUAAACAGUAGCAACAUUAGUGAAAGUUAAAGUGCUGCCGAGUCUGUGAACCAUUACGUGUCUGUCAAUUAUUGCAUAAAUAUCCAGCAGCCCUCGAUAACGUCUACUGGACCAGAAACAGAAUUGAUCCACAUUUAUAAAUAAAUUCCGAGCACUUGAAGUAUCAGAAAUAAGUUCUGCAAUCAAGAAUCAGAAUAUGCCUAGUUCUACUAAAAGUUUAAUCAUCGUGUAAAGUCAAAUUCGGAAUCACUUUUGUUAGAUUGUAUGAUUUUUUGUAUGUGUUGUAUUUUCCAUUGUAAUAUUAGUAUGUAAACUAUCGAGUACUAUGAUUAUUAAAAUAAUUAUAGCUGAACUAUCCCUCUACAAUGUCAGUCGAAUUGUCCAACAAUGCUGUGUCUGUUAAAUUGGUUGUUAAACUAGCCUGAUCAACUGCCUUAUAGUUUUCACUUCAAGUCAGAAUUUUUGUCUCCAUAGCUGUUUUAUCUCAGCAUUAAGCCUCUGAGGCACCUUUAUUUAAACUUUUAAAAUCAGUUUUUAUUUUAUCGCUGUAUUUUUAUAUACUCUUGCAAAUUGAAAGAUAUUUUUUCCAUAAAUGUAUAAGAGUUCAUAAUUAUUGAGUUUAUAGUAUGAUUAAAUAAAUAUUAUGUAUAUUACAA